GAAUCCCUUUUUGUGGCUAAUACGGAAAUACGCGAGUCGCCGUGCUGAAGUGGCCCUCAAACGAUCAUGAAAUCAACGGCAGCAGGAGUAGCCCUGCUACUUCUAGUGCUGAAUCAGUCAAGUGAUGCCUUUAUUCACAACUGGCACUCGGGUCCGAUCAACUGCUACGAGUGCGCCACCCUUGAUGAGUGCUCUGCGGGCUCCGGAGCCCUGCGGAAAUGUCUGAAUAACGAUGGCCAGAGUUGUGUGGCCAUCUUCAACAGCAACGGGGCUGUGAUCCAAAGGGGUUGCAGCGACAACUUGGAAUCGGUCUGCACAGAGAGUGGGGACAACUGCUACGAGUGCCGAUCUCACGGCUGUAACUCCCUGAAAACCACCGAGGAUCUGCUCGAGUGCAUUAUCUGCGAUGCCCAGAGCGAUGAUAAUUGUGUCUUCGACAUCGAACUGGUGACUGAGAGGGGGAAAUGCAACCAAGGAUGCAUCACAGCGCUGUAUGCCACCAACAGCGAAGUGGGCGCCCCCUUGGAAUUGGUUCGCACUUGCUUGGAUGACCUCGACUUGGACGAUCGGGAGGCCUGCUCCGAAGGAUCCCUGGAAAACUGUGUGGCCUGCAGUAAAGCCAGCUGUAAUACCGUGGACUUGGGCGUCCGAGGAAGCUGUAACUACUGCAAGGGAGACUGCAGUAGCCCCCAGUCGAAGACCUGCCGGGCUGUUCCCUCUGGAGAAGAUGCUGUGGAGAGCUGCUUCAUCGAGUUCGAUGAGUCGGGAACCAUCUACGAGAUGGGCUGUCUGAGUCAGUACAACGUGAGUGAUGUCACCCUCAUGGAAACCAACAAGCAACUGUGGUACUGCUCUGGUGACAACUGCAACGUGGAAUCUGCUCUGGCCAAGCCACAAACUUGCAAGCUGUGCAGUUCCCGGACGGACGAUGAUUGUGCCGUGGCCCCAGAGGACGUGGAUACGAGUACCCAAUGCGAUAGUCUCGUAAAUAGCGACUGCUAUUCGAGGAUCCUGGAGAAUGGCCACACGGAGAGGGGUUGCCUCACCUCUCUGGAGGGAGAGGACUACCUGGACUGCCUCAAGGACAGCAAUACCACCAAGUGCCUCAGGUGCUCAGGAGAAAACUGCAACCAGCAGCUGCAACCCAGUGAGCGCUUGAGCUGCCAGAUCUGCGAUUCCAGUGAGGAUGCCUCCUGCGAGGCCGCGCCCUCCGCCGCCGGCCUCUGCCUGCUGCACACCGCCAACCAGCAGUGCAUAACAACCAUAGACCUCUCGGGGAAUACCCAGCGUGGAUGCAGUGCCUCGUUGGAGUGCGACUCCAACAACCCCAAGAAGUGUCAGCUGUGCUCGGGAGCCGACUGUAAUAGUGGGAACCUGAAGAGGUUGGAGGACGGUCAGCCGGGUCUGUGGGGUCAGGCGUUGCCCUUGAGCUGCCAGACUUGCGAGGAUACCGCCAGUUGUGCCGCCACCGAACUUACCAAUGUGACCUGCUCCAGUCAAUCGGAUUAUUGUGUGACUGUAUUCAGUCCGAACGGAUCCGUUACCGCCAAGGGCUGCAGCCAGGAGGUGGAGCAGACCUGGAGUACUUACUGUGAUGCCAAUGGAGCCAACUGCCACAAUUGCAACUCCAAUGGAUGCAACAGUGCCAGAUCCCUGGAUGCCUACACCGAAUGCAUCUACUGCGACUAUGAGAACGAAGACUGCGCCAGCAAUGCCGCAAAUGUCAAGUCCCGACGCCUUUGCAAUGGCCAGUGCAUGACCGCUUCUCGCAGGAGAUCCAGUGAGAACUUCAUCUUCGACACGGUUCGGGGGUGUUUGGAUGACAAGGAACCCGAAGAUCAGGCAGCUUGCAUUGCCGGAACCGAUGGAGCUUGCAUUGCCUGCUCCGGAGCCAACUGCAAUGUUGAUGAGAUCUCCGAGAUCACCCAGACCUGCUGGAAAUGCUCUGGCUCCGAUUGCGAUGAUCCCGUCUCCAGUCUCUGCAGCCAGUACACUCCCGAUGAUCAGUGCUAUAUCUUGUUUAACUAUGACGCCGAUAUUACGGCCAUGGGUUGCAAAUCCGAUCUGGAUGAGGAGUUUGUGGAGGACUACUUCCAUUCCCUGCUCUUCUGCAACGAGAGCAAUUGCAACUUCUUCGAUAACCUGCCUGUCCCGCACAAGUGCCUCGCCUGCGAUUCCUCGGAAGAUCCCAACUGUGCUACGGACCCCUCAAAGAUCGAGCUGAUAGGAAACUGCGGCGUCUUGCCCUACUCCAGCUGUCAGACCCGCGUCAGAAAUGGCAUCACCCAGCGCAGUUGUCUGAGCAGCUUGCCUCGAGAGCAAUUGGAGGAGUGCCUCGCUGGCACCGGAACCUGUGAGGUCUGCACCGGAGAUAAGUGCAACAUCGACAUAUAUCCCGCCGAUCGUCGUCGUUGCCAGAGGUGCAACUCCCUGACCGAUCCCACCUGCGCCUCAGCUCCCGACGCGGAGGAAGUAUGUCCCUACUAUCUGGAGAACGAAGGAUGCAGCGCCAAGUUGGUGGAUGGGGUGACCUACCGCGGUUGCCAGCGGGAGUUCACCUGCGACGACUCGGACAAGCAGCACUGCCGCAUGUGCUCCAAGAGUAACUGCAACGUGGCGGAUCUGUCCAGCUCCUUUAUAGGCUAUCCUGGCAAGUGGUCCAGUGGCCCAGUGAAUUGCUACACUUGCAAUGGCACCCAGUGCCAGGAAUCGAGUUCGGGCACUCUGCGCAAGUGUACUGGCAACGACGAGCAAAACUGUGGCACAAUCUUUAAUGCCUCCGGUGUGGUGGUCUUCCGAGGCUGCUCCGACACCAUCUACGAGGACGAAGAUCUCCUGCAGUACUGCGAUGAGAACUCAGGGAACUGCAAGUUCUGCAAGUCUUCGGGAUGCAAUACCGCCAAGGAGCUGAGUGCCUAUGUGGACUGUCUGUUUUGCGAUGGCAGCGAGGAGGCGCAGUGCGUGAGGAGCGUUGGAGAUGUGACCCGCACCCUGUCCUGCCACGGCAGGUGCUUCACCGGUCUGUAUCCCCGCAAUAAGUCUGACUCGAAUCCCGUUUACGACCUGGCUCGCGGUUGUCUGGAUGAACUGGAGUACGACGACCGUGAGGCCUGCGCAGCCGGAACUUUGGCCAACUGUGUUUCCUGUUCGGGCGCCAGUUGCAACACCGCUGAUGUGCCCGAGGAUCGUCUCAGCUGUAAUGUCUGCCAGGAUGCGGAGUGCGAAACGAUUGCCAGCCAAGUUUGCUUGGGCUAUCGGUCAGGGGAGCAGUGCUACAUCCAAGUGGGCGACCUCAGCGUGAAGGCCAUGGGCUGCGCCACCGAUCUGGAGGACUCGUACCUCUUGACCAACCGCAGGGACCUGUACCUGUGCUCCGGCAACGACUGCAACACCAAGGAUAAGCUGAACACCGUCGGCGUGUCCUGUAACAUCUGCAACUCCACCUAUGAUGAUAGCUGUGUGAGCACCGGUGGCUCCUCGCCAGCUGUCUGUCACCACUACAUCAAUCCAGAGUGCUACAGCUUUUUGAAUGAAGAUGGUGUCUUGCUGCGUGGUUGUCUCAUGGACACCGAUGACGACGUCUUCGAUGAAUGCCUCAGCUCCGGCAGCUCCAACUGCACCAUUUGCAGCACGAACGGUUGCAACAGUGAGGUGUAUCCCUCGGAUUGGCUUACCUGCCUGCGCUGCGACUCCGCCAACGAUGCGGAUUGCGCCCUAAGUCCCUCCGGCUAUUCGAGCUAUUGCCGCACGUAUUCAGAGGACGAUGCCUGUGCGACUUCCUUGACCAACGGUCGAACCCGCCGUGGCUGCCAAUCGGAGCUGAACUGCGAUGAGUCCCAGGCGGGAAGCUGCAGGAUAUGCUCCGGAGCCAAUUGCAAUGAUGUGGAUCUGCAGUCGGGCUACGUGGGUGAGCCAGGAAAGUGGACGGAUCUGCCAUUGAGCUGCUAUGCUUGUGACAAUGCCACCAGUUGUGCCUCUGUCACGGAGGCCUCGAAGUGUGAGGGCAACAACAAACAGACCUGCUCCACGGUCUUCAAUGCUGCGGGUCAGGUGGUGGCCAGAGGAUGCAGUGAUGCUGUCCUGGCAGCCAAUGCGGACUACUGCGAUCAGAACAAGAACAAUUGCUUCCAGUGCAAGUCAGAUGGUUGUAACAACGCCGUGUCCCUGGACUCCUAUGUGGAUUGCUACUUCUGUGAUGCCGAGGAGGAUGUGAACUGCGCCUGGGAGAAGCCUGAGAGUACCAGGAAGUGCCAGGGCCAGUGCAUGACUGGAUUGUAUCCUCGAAGCUCCUCCUGGGACUCUGCCCUGCUGCCCACUCGCGGUUGCCUGGACGAUCUGAACUUGGAUGAACGCACUUCCUGCGCCGCAGGAACUCAUGCUAAUUGCACUGCCUGCACCGGCUCCCUUUGCAACGGAGAUGAUGUGAUUGCUAACCCACUGGAGUGCUAUACCUGCAAGGAUCCCGAGUGCGAGGAUCCGGAGACAGCCAAGUGUGUGGCCUACAGGGAGCACGAUCAGUGCUACCUGGCCUACGAUGAGUCCAAUGUGGUGGCCAUGGGAUGUGCCAGUGAGUUUGAAACCCAGGUGAUCCAGGAAUUGGUGGCCCAGCAGCGAUUGCUCCUUUGCUCUGGACAGAAGUGCAACGAGUACACUAUCACUCCCGAUCCCCAAACCUGCCUGCACUGCACCUCCACCGACGAUCCUCGGUGUGCGACCAAUCCGAACCAGCUGCUCACCACCGACAUUUGCUCCAAGCUGCCGUACACGGAGUGUGUGACCCAGAUCGACUCGAAGGGUAAUACCAUUCGAGGAUGCCUGUCCAGUUUGGAUGGAGGAGACUUCUACGAGUGUUUGACUGGGGAUGGAUCUCUCUGCGACACGUGCACUGGCGAACGUUGCAAUGGACUGUCUGUGUUCCCUGCUGACAGGAGGAAGUGCUACCAGUGUGACUCCUCCAGUGAUGCCAACUGUGCUUCGUCACCAGCCAGCCUCACCAGCACUGUGUGCCCCAUCUACUCCCAGGACGAGUCCUGUGUGACCACAUUACUGGACGGCAUUACCUACAGAGGAUGCAACUCCUCUCUGACCUGCUCGAACCCUUCGGAUUCAUCAACUUGCCGUGUUUGCAGCUCAGCCGAUGGUUGCAACACCGUUAACCUGGAGAGGAUUGGAGAGGAUGGUCAGCCAGGAGCUUGGCAGGAUACUCCCAUCGACUGCCUGGAGUGCUCCGGCACAGCUUGUGCUUCUGGAGGAGGCACCCUAACGAAAUGCUCCGGCUCAGAUAACUGUGUGACCGUAUUCGGUGACACUGGCUCGGUUACCCAAAGAGGUUGCUCGGAACCGGUCUUCGAGGCCUCCACCUACUGCGAUGAGAACCCCUCCUCCUGCCCGCGUUGCAACUCCAAUGGCUGCAACACCGCCGACUCCCGAGAUAACUAUGUGGAGUGUAUCGUCUGCGAUUCCAGCAAGGACUCGAACUGCCUGAUUAAUCCCACCCAGAUCACCAAGACUCGGCAGUGCAAUGAGCGUUGCGUCUCGGCCUUCCUACCCCUCUUCAACGAAACUGAAGAUCCCAGCUAUGCCUUGAUCCGCAGUUGCUAUGACGAUCUCGAAAAGGAGGAUCGGGAUGCCUGUACCGCAGGAAGCAAGAGGUUCUGUGCCACCUGCCAGGGUGCCAAGUGCAACUCGGAGGAUCUGGUGGCCAGUCGGCAGAGCUGCUUGGUGUGCCAGGGUGAUGAGUGCCAGAAACCAGAGGCCGCCAGUUGCUCGAACUACAGGGAGAACGAUGAGUGCUACAUACAGUUCGAUGAGGAGCGAUCGGUAACUGCUCUGGGCUGCCUGAGUGAGCUGAGCCACGAGGACAUCUACCUGCUGAGACGCUCCAAGAGAUUGAUCACCUGCAGCGACAACGACUGUAACACCAUUGAAUCCGUGCCAGAAACAGAGAGCUGCGCCUUGUGCAGUUCUCGAACCGAUGCUAGUUGUGCCAUCAGUCCCUCGAGUGUCACCACCUCCACCAGUUGCGUCUUCGGCGGCUUCCCCGAGUGCUAUUCCAGGGUGCUUUCCGACGGCAGCACCGAGAGGGGUUGUCUCUCCAGCCUGGAGGAUGACGAGUUCCUCUCCUGCUACAAUGGCACCUCAACCUCCUGCAACUCCUGCCAGGGCAGUGGGUGCAACCAGGAGGUCUACCCCAGCAACCGACGAUCCUGCCAUGUCUGCAACUCCGACACGGACUCCAGUUGCACAUCCAAUCCCUCAAGCCUCACUGUUUGCUAUCUGUACGAAGCAGAUGACACGUGUGUGACCAACCUGAGGAACGGAGUGACCUACAGGAACUGCGCCUCCUCGCUUAGCUGCGAGGCGAAUGCCAAGACCUGUGUCUACUGCGAGGGCGACGGUUGUAAUCAGGUGGAUUUGGAAGCCAAGUCGGAUGAUAACUAUGGAAAGUGGCAGGACCUGCCUCUUGAGUGUUUGACCUGCGAGGGAACCGCUUGUCAGGGAGAAGAUAUUCCCUCCGUCCAGUGCCAGAACAACAACGAGCAGGACUGCUUGACUGUCUUUGGAACCGAUGGAUCUGUCACCCGUCGUGGCUGCCAGGAUGAGGUGGAGUCGGACGUGGCCAUCGCAACCUACUGCGACUCGAAUACCGCCAGCUGCCCCUCUUGCAAGUCCAACAACUGCAACAACGCCACCGCUCUUAGUCAGUACACCACCUGUAUCUACUGCGAUUCCUACAAGAACUCCUCCUGCAUUUCGGAUCCCACAAGCUCCAGCCACCGCACUCGUCAGUGCCAGGGACAAUGUAUGACUGCUCUGUACGGAAGCACUGAGUCGGGCCUCGAUCUCAUUCGCACUUGUCUGGAUGACAAGGAGCCGGCGGAUCAACUGACCUGUGCCGGUGGCAGUGACUCCACCUGCUCCGCCUGCAGCGGCGACUCGUGCAAUGUCCAGACCGUGCCCGAGGACCGCCUGAGUUGCUACACCUGCGAGGGUGACGAGUGCGAGGAUCCUCAGCCCAAGACCUGUGCCAUCUACAAGCCCGAGGACAGCUGCUUCCUGUGGGUGGACGAGGACAACGACCUGAAGGAACUCGGCUGCCUGAGCUCCUUCCGCAACCAGGAUCUGGAGUCCAUCAUCAAGACCAAGCGCAUUGCCGUCUGCAAUGGCACCAACUGCAAUGUCCCGCAAUUCCAGUCCCCCGUGCGAUGUGCGGUCUGCGAUUCUCGCGAGGAUCCCACCUGCGCCACCAAUGCCCAGGCCAUAGGAGUCUUUGAAACAUGCAGCCAGCUGCCCCACACCGGAUGCUUCACCAAGUUGGAGGAUGACGGUUCCACCAACCGUGGUUGCCUGUACGACCUCGGCCAGUCUGAAUUCGCGGCCUGUCUGCUAGGAAACGAUGCCAACUGUUCCGUGUGCUCCAUUGAUGGCUGCAACCGCGAGGUCUUCCCUGCUGAUCGUCAAGUGUGCUAUUCCUGCACCUCCGCCGAUGACUCUAGUUGCGAGUCGGAUCCCUCGUACACCUUGGCCUGUCCUUGGGUAAGUGAGACGGAGACCUGUAAGACCCUGCUUUCCGGAAAUGUCACCACCCGUGGAUGCAGCAGCUACUUGGAGUGCGAUCCCAGUGACUUCCGCAACUGUCGCAGUUGCUCGGGAAGCGAGUGCAAUGCAAUCGAUCUGGCCAACCGGGUGGACGACGGUCAGCACGGAGUGUACCAGGACCUGCCCUUGAAGUGCCACUCCUGCGUGGGUGAUCACUGUCUGAGUUCCCUGGGACCGGCAGUCACCUGCACCCUGAACAAGGAGCAGGACUGUAAGACCGUCUUCGAGGCGGAUGGCGUGACGGUGAGGAGGAGGGGCUGCUCGGACGACGUGGACGACUACGAGGAUCGCUACUGCCGCAAGAACCCCGCCCUGUGCUUCACCUGCAAGUCGAACGAGUGCAACGACGCCUGGUCCACGGAGGAGUACGUCUCCUGUACCUUCUGCAACUCGGCCAACAAAUCCAGUUGUGUCCUGGAUCCCACCGAAUCGGAUUUGAGCAAACGCAGCUGCAAGGGUCAGUGUUUGGUGGCCUUGAACGGCGAUGACUUGAUUCGAUCCUGUGUGGAUGACAAGGAGCUGUACGAUCGCUCUGACUGUACUACGGAUGAGAGUGGCACCAAUUGCGCCACCUGCUCGGGUCAGGAUUGCAACACCUUCGCCUUUCCCUCGGAUCGUCUGAGUUGCCACACCUGUGCGGAUGCCUCCUGUACGAGCAGCCGGUCCCAGGCUUGUUUGGCCUACAGAUCGGAUGACUACUGUUUCGCCAAGUAUUCCGCGGACGGUGGCUUGGAGCUGAUGGGUUGUGCCAGCAGCCAGAACAGCUCCAGUCUGGAGGAGUGGCAGGAGGGCAAUCAGCUGUACUCCUGCCAGGGCAGCGAGUGCAAUGAACUCAGCAGGCUCCCAGGAGAGGGAGAGUGCCUGGCCUGUGACUCCAGCAAGUCCCUGGAGUGCGCCCAGGAUCCCUCGGGCGUGGUGGGCUCCAUCACCUGUCAUGCCCCCAACUCCGAGUGCAUCACCCGCCUGGAGGACGGUCACACCAUCCGAGGCUGCAGGAGUGCCCUGAGCUCCUCCGAGAGCAGCAGUUGUGUGGCCAGCGGCACCUGUUCCGCCUGCUCCGGCGCCAAGUGCAACUCGGAGAUCUUCCCCAACAACCGACGCCGCUGCCACAUCUGCAACUCCACCGCAGACCCCAACUGCGCCAAGCAACCCAACAGCUUGGCCGUGUGCCCCAUUUAUGCCGCCAACGAUGAGUGUGUCACCUCCUACAACGACGGACUGCUGCGACGAGGAUGUGCCUCCGAGCUGGAGUGCGAGAUCGACAAUGAGGACCACUGCAACAAGUGCUCCACGGAUGGCUGCAACACCGUUGAGCUCACCGGAUCGGCGGGAGGACUGUCUGGAAUUGGCCUCGGUCUCACCAUCCUCCUCGCCUAUCUGAUCAGCUCCACUCAGCGACUGUAGGGUAGGGCCUAGACCAUCCAAUCCUCUAGUUCCGUUUCCUCCACCUAGUUAAGUAGAUGUAUAUAGAGUAGAGCUUAUGUAAUUGGAUUGCUGUGCUGAGGGCGAUCUACAAUCGAUUUGUAAAUAAACCAAACGAAUUUUCGAACAAA